AUGAUUAUUUUCUGUCGAUAUAUCGUUUCUUUCUUUUUUAUUUCAAACGUUUCUCAAUCUGACGAAAUGCCACGCGUAUUCGUUUACAUUGUAGUCGUAUCAGUAUUGAUAUGCACUGCGCAAGUGCAACAAGUAUCUUUAAUGACCGAGGAUCAGCGAAUCGACGAAGAACCGCAGGUGAAGGCGGUCCACGAAGAAUUAUUCAAAAAAUCAUUCAAACAUCAACGUAUGGAUCACGCACACGCAGUGAAACGUCUCGAGAAAAUAGAUAACUACGAACGUUUAUACAAGAUGAUAAUGAUUCUCGGUGAAAAUAUGAUCGACACGAUAGAAACGAAUAAGGAAAUGAUCGAGAGAGCAGACUUCGAUCCCGAUCGUAAAUCUUUAUCACAAAACUUUACUAUACAAAGCGCAAUAUUAGGUGUGUUAGAAAACACCCUGCUUUUUGGCGACAUUGUCCUCCAUUUUCCUCACGUAAUGCAUCGUAUAUUGAAGAAGCAAGAGAAGUGGAAUCAGAUCAUAGACUGGUCCUUAAAUUUUACGAACCGUACUAGGUAUCUGUUGGAUCAGGAAAGUCUCGAUAUAAUUAAGCUAAUGAGUCAAGAACUUCGUAUCACGGAACGUGAACCAGGAUAUAUCAAUCCUUAUCGGCGGUUGGCCGAGUCUCGAGACGGAAACAAAAGGGAAACGAAAACAAAGAGGUCGUCGAAGAAGGAGAAACGAAAAAGGGGGCCACAAAUGACCAAAAUCGAGUUAUGAAACUUUCGUUCUUACACAUUUUCUGACGGUCUACCGUUGCUAAAUAAUUAUGCGCUUUAUAACAAUUAUUUCUUCUACACGUUUGUAUAAUCGUUUAUUUCGCGGACGA